AUUAAGGAUAUCCAAGUCUGGUGUUGCACCUCUUCGAGUGAAGAUGCCAUGACGAGCAACGGCGAGAGCCGGGAGGUUCUUCAAAUAAUCACUUCUUGCAAUAACGUCGCUCCACGCAAAAGGGAGAAGAGCAGCGAGAUGGGGGCACUGAGUCGCGAGGAACGCCGCCGAAGACGCAGAGCCACGCAGAAGUAUCGCACAGCCCACGCAACAAGGGAAAGAAUUCGCGUGGAGGCCUUCAAUGUGGCUUUCGCCGAAUUGCGAAAACUGCUACCGACUCUACCACCUGAUAAAAAAUUAUCAAAAAUCGAAAUCCUGCGACUGGCUAUUUGCUACAUCGCCUAUUUGAACCACGUGUUGGAUGCGUGAGGGAUUCACCGGUUUUGUUUCAUUUCUUUAAUAAAA